CCCAAUUUAAUUUCCUUUUUCUUGAACCAGACCCUCCCAUUUACAGAGCAAGCUCACCACACAAUCUCUCUCUCUCUCUCUCUCUCUCCCCUUCUUCUUCUUCCUCCAACGUUCUCGGUAGAUAUCUUCCCUUUGCCGCUCUUGAGGCUCUGGUGCAGCCUUCUCCUUUCGGGGCCUUUUCUGCAAACCAGAAACACUGAGCCCUCCUCUCCUCCCAUGGAGAAGUCAUCAUCGACUCAUCAGAGGGAAACCCAAGACUUCAUGAACGUUGAAUCAUUCUCUCAGCUCCCCUUCCUACGCCCCGCGCCUCCGCCCGUCAAAGAAAAAUCCAUCCGCCUCUUCGGCAUCGAGUUUGGCGGCGCCCCCGAUCAGUCCGAGUCGGCGGAGACCGAGACCGCCAGCGCCAGCACCAGCGAAUUAGAACUCAAAGAGACCGAUCACAACGGCGAGAGCAGCCGCAAAUUCGAAUGCCAUUACUGCUGCAGAAACUUCCCCACCUCCCAAGCCCUGGGCGGCCACCAAAACGCCCACAAACGCGAACGCCAGCAGGCCAAACGCGCCCACCUCCACUCCGCUAUACUCCACGGCGGCGCUAGCUUCUCCUACUCCGCCGCCGUCUACAACCUCAUGAACCACCACCACCUUGGCUCCAUGCCCGCACGCGCCGUGGCCAAUUACCACAGCAGUACCGCUAAUGCUAAUUACGCGGCUGCCACGCCCAGGGCUAGGUUCUACCCUCAGCCGCCCAUCAACGGCAGCCCUCUAUCGUUGUGGGGAGUUCCUGCCAGUGGCCAGCAGACCCCCGGCGGUGCUUUUAGUCGUGACUCUUCUUCCAUUCAUCAUUCUUCGGCGCCAUUGAUGUUUGCUGGUCAUGAUGAGGUGAGGAGAUUGCCGGUGAUGGGUGGCUCUGCGUCUCAGAGCCGAAAUGUGUAUGAAUCACAGUCGACUGUAGAUGAUCAUCUCUUUCUGUAGAAUCAGGGUAUAAUCAAAUAUGUGUGGACGAACUCAUCAACAAAGGGGCCCUAAUAAAUUUCACACUUUCAAGGGUCGAUCCAUGACCGUCUCUGAAAUGGGCAUCUACAAAAAACCCAAAAAAACUCGUAUUAUAUAUAUAUAUAAAUACAUCUAUGUACAUAUGCUUCAAAAGCAUGGAGUGUUUUAUUAGAAGAAACCGAAAUGUUACUUAGAUACUGCGUAACCCUUAAUUAUUAUAUUAAAGUAUCGCUCUUAAUUAAAUGUAGAAAUAAUAUUAGAUGAAUGAUAGAGAGAGCGGCCACGACAUU